GGAGAAGCGCGUUCUGGAACUACGUCAGAAAGCUCAAGGAAGAACAAGCUCAGUUAUCAACCCUUCAGUCAGGAAGCGAAACAAAGAGAAGAACAGCUCAAGAACGAGAUGAAGUUGCGACAAGAUCAGGCUUCUCCAGCGGCGUCUAAGAUCCGUGAAUUAGAAGAAAUUAAUGAUAAAAUGCGAUUAGAAUUCAUAGCAAAGGCGAGUGAACGCCAUUAUUGUCGUUUGCCGCUUACAUACGCAGGCCUCAUUCACAUUUACUUCGUAAUGAAGCACAGCAAGCACAUUUUGGAGAAAGUAAUCAGUGAUCUCCGUGAAGAAAUUGAUAGAAUCCAUGCAGAGCACAAAGAAAGUGUUGCAGCUGAGCACAGCAAGCUUCAAGAUGCUCAGGUAUGUGAAAAAGUCCUUGAAAAAAUGCAUUUGUGCACUGCUGUACUUGCAUUAGUUUGA